AUGACGAUUCCACUUAUUGGUAGACUUAGUUUACUGGAUUGGCCUUUGAUUAUUAUAUCCUUCACAUUGGCAUGGGUUGAGUUCAUCAUUUCAUUGAUAACAACUCUUUUACCAAGUAAAUUCAUCGAUUUUUGCACAUUUGUGACCAAACAAAUAUAUAAAUUUACCCCAAAUCCAAUUACUUUAAUUAUCAAACAGAAAAAGAUCGAUAUAAACGACGAAGAGAACAUCAAAUAUCUGUAUAUAAAAUCCGAUAUUCCCAAAUUCACCAAAAAGAGUUAUGAUUUGACUAUUGAAUUGUUGAAUUCCGAAAAUAUUGAACAGAUGGUCAGCUUAUUUGGAUAUGAAAUAGAAAGCAGAAUAGUCAGAACCCAAGAUGAUUAUUUAUUGAACAUCCAUAGAAUAAAAGGUAAAAAUAGACCAUCUAAUGGGAAAGUUAUCUAUCUACAUCAUGGGUUAUUAAUGUGCAGUGAAAUAUGGGUUACGAUGAUUGACAAGUAUCAGAACCUACCAUUUAUCUUGUAUGAUUUGGGUUACGAUGUUUGGUUGGGCAACAAUCGUGGUAACAAGUAUAGUCAAAAACAUUUAUUCUACAAUUUGAAUUCCAUUAAAUACUGGGAUUUUUCCAUUGAUGAGUUUGCAUUAUUUGAUAUCCCCAACACUAUUGAUUAUAUUUUACAGACCACCAAGAAAUCCAAAUUGACAUAUAUCGGGUUCAGUCAAGGCAGUGCCCAAGCCUUUGCUAGUGUAUCCGUUAAUUCCGAUUUGGCAGACAAAAUUGAUCAGUUAAUUGCCAUAUCUCCUGCAACAACGCCGCAUGGAUUAUAUUCAAAAUUCUUGGACAUCUUGUUAAAAUCAUCCCCCAAUGUGAUUUAUUUGUUGUUUAGUCGGAGAGUAUUAAUGCCUUCAUGUAUCUUUUGGGAGAGAAUAAUGUACCCACCAUUGUUUGAUAAUAUGAUAGAUAUAGCCAAUUAUUUGUUAUUUAAUUGGCGAGCCACAAACAUUACCAAAUUGCAGAAAUUAAGCAGUUAUGCACACUUGUAUUCUACAACAAGUGUCAAAUGUGUUGUUCAUUGGUUUCAAGUUAUGUCUUCGAAAAACUUUCAAAUGUAUCAUGAUUCAAACUCGAAUUUGUCAGGAUUAAAGCCAAUAAGUUACCCUUUGAAAAACAUCCAAGUCCCCAUCCGUUUGAUUUACGGAACAACAGAUUCGUUGGUUGAUAUAGAUGUCAUGAAGUCACAAUUGCCUAAGCUGACAACAAAAGCCUAUCCUGUAGAGAAUCAUGAGCAUUUAGAUAAUUUAUGGAGUAACGAUGUUUAUGAAGUAGUUUUCAAAAAAGUAUUAAAGUUUUUAGGGGAAGACACCGAUAAAGUAUAUGCAAGGUUGUUCCGUCAAAGUGAAGACACUAAGUUUAUUGAAGACACAAUUCCAGCCGAUGAAUCAUUUAUUGUUGAUGAUGGUGAAACGUUGCACAACAGCAGUAGUAAUGGGCAUCAAUCGUAUCUCAAAUCGGCUAACAAUGAAAGAUCAGCAACCAGCAGUGGUAAUAUUCAAGUCGAAUCGGAUAUCGUUAUUGAUUAUGAAAGACAACAAUCAAUUGGUGGCAAUAGUAUAUUUUUAUAG